AUGACUGUCUUCAGGAAGAUGCUCUUUGGUUUCAUGCACCUUAAGUCGGAUGACUGGGCUAGAAGUAACUCACGGGAUGGUGCUAAUGCGCUCACCACCUCAUAUGGGACUCGUCUAGCAAUGAUAAACACAAACACUGUUGUUGACGCUUCAACCGAGGCCAUAUUUCUGUACCUUGAAAACGGAGGCAACCUGCACUGCUUCAAGGUGAUUACCACUUGCGCAAUUCUCGCCGUGGUGGGACCCCCUUACAACAGCGUGGCUGGCAGGAACUACGCGUACUACAGCGAGUCUAGCGCUGCAGGCAGGGACUGCUCGUACUAUAGAAAGUCCCGAUUCUCAAAUACAACUGGUGUGGUUGACACACGGUACUCCUGGCUCAAGGAGAUCCCCCAACAACUAUCGGAUGAAGGCGUAAUGAUGCCGUGGCACUUCGUCGUCUAG